UAAGAACCCGAUUUUAGAUCAUGAGUGAAGCGACGAUUGAAGAAGGCAACAGAGUUAUUAUUCAAAAUGGAACUUAUAUGAGAAGCGAAGUUGUUCAUCGUAGAAAAAAGGUGAAUGUGCAGAAGCUAAAUUUUUAUCUGGAUAAUGCAAUUGGCUGUAAAUAUGGAACGACAUUUGAUGUUGGGAAAAAGGGUCAACUCAUUGUCCCUCCUGUUGCCUGCAGUGAUCAACCACUUAAACCUACCACCAGUUCAGGUGAGAAUAACCAAUUUUUAAAUGAUGAUGGAAGCUCUCAGAAAUUAACCAAAGAUGCUAUCAUGGACCUGAAAGAACAGGGUGUAAAAGGGGAGGUCAUCAUUGAACAGUUAGUUGAAAAUAGUGAGUCAUUUAAAAAGAAAACAGAAUUUUCUCAGGAAAAAUACUUAAAAAAGAAAAGGAAACGGCAUCUCUUACAAAUCACAAUUCUGAAACCCACGCUUCGCCUGGUGUGCGAAAUGAUUUACGCAAAUGGUCCUUCAAAGAUCUUAGACCUACGUAUGGACACGGUAUCUCAAAUCUUAACCAUGGCUAAUAUUCGAAGCAAUGUAAACGUUUUGCUCAUGGAAACGACGCAGAGCUUUUUGGCCGGCGCCAUUUUACAUCGUAUGGGAGGACUUGGAAAUGUUGUUCAACUUUACCACGGGGACUUUCCGAUAAGGCUGCUGUUACCACACUUUGAUCUUGGCGUAAAUGAAAUGGGCAUUCUGAGUGGCAUUCCGAUAACAAAAAUCAAUCGUCUUCAAAGUCUGGAAACAGAAGAUGUUCCACCUGAAUUUGAUGAAGAAAUGGAUUCAGUGUCAGAUGGAACAACUGAAAUAGCAGAGCAAACGAGCGAGAGAAAAGAAGAAAGUUCCACAGCAAAAGAGGAAAACCCACCCGCGCCUCAAAGACGAAGCCGAAAAGGAACUUAUCAUAAACCAUUGACUGAAAAAGAAAAACUCACACGCAAAAUUAACAGGAUUGACGAGGACAAUAGAUCUUUAAAACUGUUGAAAAGCGUACCUUUUGAUAGUUUAAUCAUCGCAACCAAGUUUCGCGCAAAAACAGCUGUGCUAAGACUUAUCGAGUUUUUAGCACCAUCUAGACCCUUUGUUGUGUACAGUCAGUACAAAGAGGUUUUAAGUGAAUGCUUGGAUGCUUUGAAGGAGACAAAAAGUGCGAUAAAUCUCGAUUUAACUGAUACCUGGUGGCGCUCUUAUCAGGUUUUGUCAAUGCGUACACACCCACACAUAAUGAUGGACGGCACCGGAGGUUAUCUCUUGACCGGGAUCAAGGUAGAUAACGGGGAAUGUCCCGCUGUUAAUCCCAAUCUAGCUCCGAAUCCAGUUAAUCCAACUAAUCCUGGUAAACGAGAUGUAACAGAUAGGAAAUCAAUCACAUCCGAUGGACCGUCAUACGCUAACCCGGAUGGAAAUCGUGUUGAUACGAAUUCGUGUAAUUUUAAAGAUAAUCUCGAGAUUAAAACUGAUCCGGAACCGGAUGAAAAUUCCGCGGAACCGCCUUCGAAAAGACCAAAAUCGGACUGAGUUAUGUUGUGUAUUGUAUAUAUGCUGAAUGUUGCGGAUGCGGCUCCAAUGAGCUGCGGAUAUCUGGAGUGAGAACCGAGAACGUAUGUCUAUGAAGCAUGAGAUUGAAACGCCGAGAGACGUGUACAGAAUUUGUGACGUCCAGGGCCGAAUUUCUUUGGAUUAAAAAAGAUUUAAAAGCACAACGUGGUUUUCAUUUUAGAGUUUACUGAUGAGCAGGGUGAUGGUAGGCUCUUCUCUUGCUGCAAGAUCGGACAAUUUAGAGCUUACAGCGGGAAUUUCAUUUAGGAUUAGGCUAGUCAAGUCAGUUCGUCAAGAUAAUGUUAGUAUCAAGUCAAAAUACAACAAAAUCAGGUCAACAUUUUAAUGAAGUCAAGAUUUGGUAAGAAUCAAGUCAGGAUUACGGUUCGAUAAAGAUCGGAUUAAGAUCAGUGCCAAGAUUAGUUGGAGAUUCAGCCAGUACCUGGUGAACAUCAAAUCUGUUGUCCUGUGUAAAACCACACAGAGACAAUGGUUGAUAAUGAUAACCAAUCGAGUCAGCGUAUCGAUACAACAACUCAACUCGCAGUUUCUUACGAACGUGUUAAUUAUUCAAAUACAAAUUUCGUAGGGUUUUAUAGUUCCAAUCUUUUACAAUAUCAUUCAGUCAAAAUGUGCUAAGUAGAAAAGUUUGCUAUAUGUAUGCUCAAUAAAUAAUACU